AUGAUAGACCAUCAAAAAUUGAAAAAGAUCUUUUGCUGCAUAAUUGUCGCUGGGAUCGCUACAGUCCUCAUUCAAAUAACAUCACAGAGUGUCUCAACAAAGAAAAUUAUUCAAGCGAAACAGGCAGAAUUGACGCUGAAUCAGACUGAAUUUUCAGACUUACAAAUGAAAGUCCACGGGCGAUCGAAACACUUGAAAAAGAUCUGCUCGGAAAUGAAAGAAAAAGGAGCAAAGUUUUCAGUUUCAGAUUAUGUGAAAGAACGGCUGCUCGUGGACUUGGAGAAAAAGAUUCUCUUCUGUCCGAUUCCCAAAGCAGGAAGCUCUAAUUGGAAGCGGAUCUUCGCGAAAUUGACAACAGAAAAUUAUGACGAAGUGGACGAUUUGUUAGAAAUAAGAAAAGUACAUCAUAUUCAACUGCCAGUGCUUUCGGAUUUCUCUGGUGAAAAGCAGAAAAAGAUUCUCAAAGAUUUCAGAAAAUCCAAACAAAUUCAACAACCACUGGCAAAGAUACUGGGACCUUUGCCAGCCCUGUGCUUUAGAGUACGAUUUCAUCGGAACCGCGGAAAACUACCAAAAGAAGCAGAACUACUCGUGCGGACUUUGAACAUUACUGUAACUUUCCCAGAACAUGAAGCAAAAACCACAGCUGAGUCUAGUUUAGAAGUGUUCGGGAGCCUUUCCAAGGCUUAUCUGGCGAAGCUGUACAAUAUUUAUAAAAUCGACUUCGCAAUCUUCAACUACACUAUCGACCACUUUGUACAGUUAACCAAGAGCUAG